GAUGUCCAAAGCCUCCAUCACAUCUGAAAUCUAAAAUAAACAAUUAGAAAAAGGUCAGUUAUCUUUCACAUCCUCUCUCCUUAUGUAUACUGCUUUGGACACAAUCCGACGGUAGUUCUCCGUCGGCACACCACACCAAAGAAGAACCCAACAGGCAUGUCUUCCACUUCCACCCGCAUCCAAUCCCUUGUGCUCGAGAUCUACUCCAGAAGACUCCUACUCCACACUGCACUCCCCUGGCAGCGCUCUCCGCCGACCCCCGGGAUCGCCGACAUCUCAGAUUCGCAAGGAAGGGUCGUCGAUCCCACCGCCGUCAUCGUGGUCCUCACCGCCCUACUGUGCGCCCUGAUAUGUGCGCUGGGCCUCAAGUCCAUCAUCCGCUGCGCGCUCCGGUGGUCGAACCGGCCGGCACAGACCGGGCUCAGAAGGAAGGCCUUGCAGCGGCUGCCGAGGCUGGUCUACUCCGCCGGGGUGAGGCUCACCGGUGCAGUCCCCGAGUGCGCCAUCUGCCUCUCGGAGUUCGUACCAGGUGAGCACAUACGGGUCCUUCCUAGCUGCAACCAUGGGUUUCACCUCAAGUGCAUCGACCGGUGGCUGACGGCGCGGUCCUCCUGCCCGACCUGCCGCCGGUGCAUGCUCGUGGCGAAGACCGCGGCUUGUGCCGGAGAAGGCCAACCGGGUCCGCAGCCGGUUCAUGCAGUCCUCGUGCCCUUGGAACCCGAAGGUCUCGCCACGACCCACCACUCCUAAGAAGUGUUAUUGGCCAUUUCGGUUUCCGUCUGCCAACUACACGGCGUGGUCUGUACAUAAUUCACCUUCCGAAGGAUAAUCCAGUGAAGUCGAUGUGGUUUCCACUAA